ACGAAUUUUACAUCGUUUCUGCUUGGAUUGAUAUCCAAAAUUGUAUACUAGUUCAUAGUAAUGAUAUAUUCGCAUAAUAUUUUAUGGUUACAAUAAUGGAUAUAUAUGUUGUGAGUAAUUUGAAAGAUAAUUUUUGAUUAUAAUCUGUACUGCAUAAAAGGACUAUCAUUGUAACUUAUUCCAUUGUGUAAAAUUGACACGCUAUUCACCAGUUUAUGAAAGUAUGUAUUAUAAUUACAUACAUGAAAGAUAAUUGAACAUUCUAUUUUACGAUGGCCAAAAAUAAAACGGACACAUUUUGGCGGGAAUACCUGAGGCGAGAAAUAGAAGAUAUUAAAUCGCCUUCCCUGUAUCGGGCAUGUGCUGCCGAGUUCAUUGGUGUUUUCAUGCUAGCAUUUUACGGUGUUGGAUGCAAUAUACUUAGCGGGGACUUUAAACCAGUUUCUAGUGUGCAUGUUGCACUCGAAACUGGCUUCUACAUAGCAGUGGCAAUAACUAUUUUCAGUAAGGUUAGUGGUGGGCAUGUCAAUCCUUCAAUUUCAAUGGGAUUUUUUGUCACCGGUCAAAUUUCAACAGUAAGAUUUGUUCUAUACGUAAUUUGUCAAACAUUAGGUGCAGUAUCAGGCGCUGGAAUUAUUUAUGCGAUCACAGAUGAACACAUACGUGGAGGUUUUGGCGUUAUUCUCCCAAAUCCACACAUAAGUGACGGACAAGCCAUUGUUUGUGAGAUGAUAAUAACGUUCAUGAUGCUUUUUGGAACGUUUGCAAUGAUCGAUGAAGGGAGAGAUGAUGUACAUGGGUUCGCUCCAUUGAUGAUUGGUCUACUUGUGUCGAUUAACGUGUUAUGUGGGUGGAAUAUAUCUGGAGGUUGUAUGAACCCGGCUAGAAAUUUAGGUCCAGCUAUCAUGACAGGGAAGUUAGACAAAAUGUGGCUUUAUUGGAUAGGAGAUCUAGUCGGAGCUACCGCCGGUGCUUUACUGUACGAUCGUAUUUUCUCCACAAAAGUUUGCCUUCGUUGGAUGUCCGAAGGAUGUUACAGUAAACGGGCUGAUGGAAAGAAAAUUCAAUCUGACGAGAAGUCGGUAAUAGACGCAGCUUCAGGGGGAUGCAACGAAAAGAUUAAGGACGGCGUAACAAACCAUGCGUCCAAUAUUGAAGAGCUUGCAUGUGAUGACUAUCAACUUACGAAAUUAUAAUUGCAAAUGAUAUUAACUUGCAUUAUAAUACCAUAAAGAUAUAGCUGUUGCUGCAUUUCAGUUCAGGAUAUCUAAUGAAACUUUGUAAUACAGGAGAUUGGUGCAUAUAUAAUGCAAUACGUAGGAUUUAAUAUUCUAUUCCUCAUGUGUUCAUGUAUGUUUGAUCUUUUAAAACAACUGAAAUUGAUAUUCUGAAGAAUCCAUGAAUACCUUUGAAAUUCUCUUGUAUCUGUGUCUGUGUGUUUAGUAACAAUAUUUCAAAAAGAAUUAACACUAUCGGAACGGCUAUCGUGGGAAGUUUUUCGAGAUGAGAAGAGAAAUGCACACGCACUUUGUACAGGAUAAAAAGCCUUUUUACGUCUAUAGCGUUCAUAUUAUUUAUAUGAAUAGGAAAACUGAAGAUUUCUUACUAAAAGGAUUCAAAAGUUUACUAAAAAAAUGCAUAAUAUAUAGUAUUCAGAUGAUAAAAAAAUCCAAGUCAAGUUUUACAGUUCUUUGCACAUGUAUUUGUCUCUAGCGGAAUUGUCAAAUACAAUCCUUUUGUCCUGAAAAGAAUUAAAACAUUUUUCAGGUUUGAUUCUAUUUCAUGCACAGAUGUCCUUUUAUCGAAGAUGUCUUAAGAUUGGUCUUAGGUCUAUCGUACAUGUAGGACAUUAUUAAGUCUCAAGUGGGUUUUUCAAACAUUAUUUUUCAACUUAAUAUAUGGCUCAGAAUUGGCCCUAAGUUUGGACUCUUAUUGUGACCUUUAUAUGAUUCUAACUGUAGGAAUGAAUUUAGGAUGUCUUUUACGGCAAAAAUAGUAAAACUACUCAAUAUUUAUAUGAAAGAUGCACGAUAUUGCCUUUGACCUCUGUAACGUGACAACCAGAAUUCAUCUCCCUCCACAUAAUCAUAAUAUAUAUAGUUGAAAAUGUUUACAUUUAAAUCUUUUAAAUCUCUAUUCAUAUUCGUUCUUUCGUUUUGAUUCAUUAAAUUACAAUGUGCAAUCUUUGUUGAUAUUAUUAUAAUGGUGAAUUGGGAUGCAUUUUUUAAGAUAGUCCUAAGAGAUCUUCGGUGUGCAUUCUCAGACCUGUGUUAAGACUCAGAUGGUUCUAAAAUUAUCCUUAACUAUGUCCUAAGAUAUAUAUUUUAGGUCAGAUCUUAGGACAAUCUUCGAUAACAGGCUACAUAUGUACAUACAUUGAUAUUUUUCCUUCGAAAUAUAUUUACAUUUGAAUAUGCAAUAGAUACAUGUAUAUAAAAUCAUACAUAUAAUGAAUGAUAUGUACCUCCAGUUUAGUACGCAACCUUGAACGUAGGAUUAUUCCUUCUUGUGACAUAAAUUAUGUUUUGUGUGUUAUUUGACCUGAGCAAAUGUUUGUCAAGCAAACAAAUAUAGCUUACCAUCUACACGUUGAUUUUAACAGCAUUAAGUGAAACGUGAAAUUCUUAAACAUAAAAUUCAUACUUUCAGAUCAAGAAAGAUAGCGAUAAUAUCUUUAAAUUUGGAUAAUGUAUAUAAAAGAAAUGUAAUGCUGAAAGUUUAUGACCCCUUCUGUAGUCCUAAGUGCUACAAUAUCAAAACUAUAAAAUUUUAGUAUAAAAGUGGCGUGCCAUUUUGUACACAUACUAAAAGGAAACGUUGUUCGAAGCAAUUCUACUAACUAUUUCAUUGCAUUUAAUAGAAAAUGGGGAUUUGGUGGCUAAUAAAGCCAAUUUUUUGGCAAAAAAACCGCUGACUUCAUUACAGAGAUUUUCGUUAAUUGUAAUUGUAAACAUAGAUUACUCAUUUGUUAGUCCAUGAUGUGCUAGCGUUUAUUUUCGACAAAAAAUCCUAAACAACCUUUACCAUCCAAAAAACCUCGUGUUGAUCCACUACAGUCGAGUAGAAGCUGUACUUGAAUAAGUCUGUUUUUAUACCUGUUUUAACCAAUAUCUUUAUUUAGAUACUUGUUUUUAGGGAAAUCAUUGCUAGCACUGCAUGCAAUAAUCCUCUUUCUAUUUAGCACCGAAUUGUCAAAUAACGAGUACAAGGGGAAAGGCUGUUGAAAUUUUAUAAAAUUUUCAUAUGUUUAGCAUUGAAACAACAAAAGGGUACAUUAUCCUUAAUUUACAUUAUAAAGUACUUAGAUGAUUACAUUAUAUUAUGUAACGAUGUAUCAUUAUUUAUCAUUUACUUAGAGUAAAUAACUUAUAAUUUUUAAAGUAUGAUAAUAGCAUUAAAUUUACGUGAAUUUCAUAUUUUCCGAAAUGGUGCUUAGCGGGCUGUAUGAAAAAAUUAUCAACUGCUUCCGGCUAUUAUCGCAUGCCUUUCCGUAACGUUAUCGCAUGGCAUUCCGACAUUACCAGGCAAAUUCCGGAAAAUACACCUCAAUGGUACGUUUUCAGUGAAAAACAUAACAAAGGAGGGUACAAAACAAAUAUUCGGAGACAGGAAAAUAUAAUAUGUAAAAUGCAAAAUAAAUGAUAUAAUAAAUGCAUUUUUCAAACUUUCCAGCAUAAUUUAGCAAGUUACUUUACAAAUAUUGACUUUUCCAAACAAUGUUCAUUAUGUUUUGUUGAUUUUUUUACCGUCAAUAUAAAACUAUAUUAUA